GCCUCGCACGCAGGCGCUGGAGUACGGUACUCUUAAAUCCGGCUGUGGGCGGUGCGGCGGACAUCCGAGCACCAUGGAGGGCCAUCCCGGGCCGCAGCAUGUCAGCCCGGGCCGUGCUGAGACGCUGAGCGCGAGGAUGCUGGACGAGUUCGUGGCGCUGCACGGCCCCGCGCUGCGCUCCUCGGGCGUUCCGGAGAGGCUGUGGGGCCGCCUUCUGCACAAGCUGGAGCACGAGGUUUUCGAUGCCGGGGAGAUAUUUGGGAUAAUGCAGGUGCAGGAGGUGGAGGAGGCUGAGGACGAGGCUGCCAGGGAGGCUCAGAGGAAGCAGCCCAAUCCCGGGAGCGAGCUGUGCUACAAGGUCAUCGUGACCUGUGAGAACGGUGUCCAGGCCGAUGACCCCAACAGCAUCUUCCUCAUUGACCAUGCCUGGACAUGUCGUGUGGAGCAUGCGCGUAAACAGCUGCAGCAGGUACCUGGCCUCUUGCACCGGAUGGCCAACCUGAUGGGCAUCGAGUUCCAUGGUGAGGUGCCCAGCCCAGAGGCAGUGGGCCUGGUGCUGGAGGAGAUGUGGAAGUUCAACCAGACCUAUCAGCUGGCCCAUGGGACAGCUGAAGAGAAGGUGCCGGUGUGGUACAUCAUGGAUGAAUUUGGCUCAAGAAUCCAGCACUCAGAUGUCCCCAGCUUUGCCACCGCUCCUUUCUUCUACAUGCCCCAGCAGGUGGCCUACACACUGCUGUGGCCCCUAAGGGACUUAGACACAGGUGGUAAGUCAGCUGCCUGCAUACCCCCCAGAGGAUGGGCCCUGGGUGGGCCUCCUACGACCCCCACUGAUGGGCACGCGUGUCUUGGCACAGAGGAGGUGACCCGGGACUUUGCCUACGGAGAGGCAGACCCUCUGAUCCGGAAAUGCAUGCUGCUGCCCUGGGCCCCCGCUGACAUGCUGGACCUCAGGUCCUCUACGCCUGAGCCUCCUGCCGAGUACUAUCAGGCCAUUUUGAAGGAAAACAAGGAGAAACUGCCACUCGCCAUUAGCCCAGUGUCACAACGCCAGGGCCACAUCUUCAGAGUCCACACCGACAUGCAACAGGUGCUCUGCCACCUCACCCACCCACGUUUCGCCUUUACUGAAAGCGAGGCCGACUCGGACAUCCUCUACCACUUCUCGCAUUUCAAGGACUACAGGAAGCUCAGCGAAGAGAGGCCGCAGGUGCUGCUGAACCAAUUCCCCUGUGAGAACCUGCUGACUGUUAAGGAUUGUCUGGCUUCCAUUGCUCGACGGGCUGGCGGUCCUGAGGGUCCCCCCUGGCUGCCCCGAACCUUCAAUCUGCUCACUGAGCUGCCCCAGUUUGUCAGCUGUUUCCAGCACCGGGAGAGGCGGGGUGAUGACAAUCACUGGAUCUGCAAGCCCUGGAACCUGGCCCGCAGCCUGGACACUCAUGUCACCAACAACCUCCACAGCAUCAUUCGCCACCGAGAGAGUACCCCCAAGGUUGUGUCCAAGUACAUUGAAAGUCCCGUCUUGUUCCUCCGAGAAGAUGUGGGGACCGUCAAGUUUGACAUCCGCUACGUCGUGCUGCUGCGUUCAGUGAAGCCACUGAGGCUGUGUGUUUACGAUGUGUUCUGGCUGCGCUUCUCCAACCGGCCCUUCGCCCUCAAUGACUUAGACGACUAUGAGAAGCAUUUCACCGUCAUGAACUAUGACCUGGAUGUGGUGCUGAAGCAGGUGCACUAUAAUGAGUUCAUCCCCCAGUUUGAGAAGCAGUACCCAGAGUUCCCCUGGAAUGGUGUCCAGGCUGAGAUCUUCAAGGCCUUCACAGAGCUGUUCCAAGUGGCCUGUGCCAAGCCACCGCCCAUGGGUCUCUGUGACUACCCCUCAUCUCGGGCCAUCUAUGCUAUUGACCUCAUGCUCAAGUGGGACAGCCAUCCAGAUGGUAAGGGGACUUGCCACACCAGAACCCUCUAGCCGAUC